GGCUCCAUCCGCGACACAAGUGCCCAGCCUAGGGGAGCAGAAGAACCGCGCGCGAAUCUCGGUCAUUGAAUGCAGCUUACAGGCACUAUUGUCCCUAACAUACAUGGUGGCAGCUGCUUGAUGAGUGGCCUCUUAUCGGCGAUGCCUGGCAAAUCCCUGGUGCUGGUGUGUGAUUUAGUGAACUGAAAGUGCUUUGAGUGGGGCUUCGACUCGAAAGGAAAAAUUUGCACGAAAAUCGCAAUCUGUGAUAGUGCGUUACGCUUCUUUCCUUUUUCUGUGACACAAUCCGAGUAUCGCCGUGAUAAGUGGGGUAGGAAAAUUAGAAGCUCUUCCGUGAAGUUGCUGUGAGUGCUUUUUUCCUGUUCCCAAGUGGAUUCACAAGCACUGGCAGGCCGAGAAGAAAAAUAAUCCUGCAGCAGCAGCAGAAGCAGAAGCUCGGAUGGUGACAUAAUUCUGUACAGUGCACUCAGGGUCGAUUUGCAAUAGAGGGAAAACGGGCAUGUAUUUGGAUCUAGUAAUCGUGCAAAAAUAUCAGAACAGUUCAAAACAACGCCGCUAAGCAAUAAAUCGAUCGGAUCAACGAUCUGGGAACACUUUCUCUGAUGGCCGCCAAUAUCAACCACUCAAAUUGAAACAAGAAAUCAAAAGCGAUACCCAAAAACACUGGCUAUGGGUCGUGGAAACCCACUUCGCUCGUGUGCAUAGUAAAUAAACAAACUCGGUCGGACUGAACAGUAUAUCAGUGUGUAGUGCGCACAGAAGAUGUGCAUGAGAGAGGAAUAGAACGUGGGAUUGGACGGGAAGGCACUUUCCUCGAUGACCAGCUGAGCAGUGCCUAGGCCACAAAACCAGGCAAACACCUCGAGACAGUGCAAGUGAUUUAUGGUGUGCUCUUUGCCGUCCACGGGCGAAUGUGUGCCUGUGUAGGUGCUUCCGCUGGCCGCUUGAUCGAUGACGGGAGAAGCAAUGACGUCACGUGUAUCAGCUGUCGGUGGUAACUCGGUCGCACCUCACCUUCAACCCCCGAACGCCAACCACCCGGUGAAAGCGUUGCGAACCGAUGACAUCGAAGUACAGGUCAUCGAACAGGUCACCGAGCUUCAUUCCAACGAGCGAAAGAGCGCUGGAUUCAAUACGACCGGUGGCAAACAGAAUGCCUCCAAGAUAGCGUUGCUUCCUCCGCUUGCAGGCACAUCCGCGUCAGUCCCGGGAUCGGGUGCCGCCACAGCAGCGCCAGCUAACGGUGCUCGUCCUUCGUUAAAAAAUCCCGUCGGUUGGGUUUGCUGUGCACCGUGCAUAUGGCUGCGAAAAUCUUCCGCUGUGCACAAGAUAGCAAUAACGGCUGCUACUCUACUGGUCACAACGCUGCUGGUGGCUUCACCGAUUCUGUUCCUUAUCUCGGCGGCACCGUCCCAUCUGCCGAAGGAUUGCUACGUAACGGACGAUCACGACUGUCACCCGACACCGGCACCACCACCCGAGUGCUCCGACUCGAUUUGUCGGGCAGCAGCCAUAAGCAUACAGACUCGAAUGAACUGGGAGGUGGACCCCUGCCGGGAAUUUAAGAACUACAGCUGUUCGCCACUGGAGGGCAACAGUCUUCGGGCCGUUAAAAGUCCCCAGGAAACGGCCGACGUUCAAAUGCAGCAGUUGCUUUCAUUGAACACAACCACGGGACUAUUCCGGAAGCUAGGCCGUCUGUAUGGAAGUUGUCUGCGACAAACACUAAACGAUUCCGCAAUCAAAAUGCACCUGGACAAACUCGGCGGUUAUUUGCAAAUUGGCUCCGUGGGACCGCAAAGCAUGUCGCCGCUGAUAUCGAAAAUCCAAAGCAUCGGUCCAAUGCCAAUCAUCGGUAUCUACUACGACCUGAGCUACGGUCGUAAACCGCAAACAUUACUCAUAAUCGAUGGACCAACGACGUCCUCUCAAAUUCUCGAGAACCCGGUCCGAUGGCAGGGGCCCCGCGCAUCCCCGAAUGACGUUACCGAAGACGUACCGGGCUUGCUGGAUCCGCUAAUUAAUAUGUUUUUGCCCCCGGGUCUCAGCCGAGAACAACGACAAUCGGAGAAAAAUGUGAUAUUCAGCUUCGUUCGUGGCUUGAACCAGAUCCGACGGGAUUACGUGCAGAAAGACUUCACCAAUAGUUAUGUACUGAAUAAUGUAACGGCACUAAUCAGUACCCACCCGUUUUUAAUGUGGCAAGACUUACUGCCCGCCAACUGGUCCGGACCGAUCGUAAUACGAAGUCCAGCCUAUCUGGACCACCUGCGAAAGUUGUUUCUAGCCUACCAGAACCGGGUCAUCCACAAUUCGCUGUUGCUGCUGUUUGCGCUGAACACGCUGCCACCGGGUCGGCCCUCGCCGCUGAUCUGUGCCAAAGCCACCAACUGGGCACUGCCGGAGGUUUCGUCCGCUUUGUUCAUCGGUCAGUACAGUGAGGAGGUCAUAGCUCACGCCAUCCAUCGGACGGAGGAAAUGUUCGAAAACAUGAAACAGCACCUGAAGCGCGCCCCGUCCCUCCGAGGAGCAGCCCUGGUUCGUCUCUCGCAGCUCAAGGUUCAGGCGAAGGUUUGGCCGACGCUAUUCAGCCGGCCGGAAAUCGCAUCCAUUCUGGAUCAAAUCGAAAUCAGUUCCGAUAACUGGUUCGAAAAUGUGCUCAAAAUAUACCAACUGAACAACAACCGUUCAUCAGCUCGAAAUGUUUCCACUGGAUCCACCCACACCGCUUAUGCCUAUCCGCAGAUCGCCCGAAUCUUCUACGACACUCUCAGCCACUCGAUCGUGGUUCCCAUAUCGGCCGUUUUGACACCGUACUUCAAUCCGGUGUUGCCGCAGUACCUUCACUAUGCCACCCUCGGGACGGCACUGGCCAAGGAAAUUCUGCGCUCCAUUACGAAAGCAUUCGAGAGCAAAGUGAUGCAGUGCGUCCCGAACUCGGUGGACAUCUUCUCCAACGCGAGCCGGAUGGAUCUGCUGAUCUAUUCGGGCGGGAUGCAGAUCGCCUACCACUCGCUGCUGUCCCUGUCCGGACCGAUCAAGGGAAUGAAUCGGUUGCCGGGGUUGAGUCUAACGCCACCGCAGAUCUUCUAUCUGCUGUCCGCACAGGAAUUGUGUGCCGAGUCCGAGUACAACGGAAUCGAUGUCAGCUCGAAUGAUUUCGAUGAAAUACUGACUUGGCUCAUUUCGCAAGGUGGCAGCGCUUCGGAUGUCUUUCAGUGCCACUCGAGCACGAUGCUUAGUUACCAGAAGAACUGCGACAUUUGGUAGGCCACAGAACCCGAGGCACGUUUGCAAUAAUUCGAUCUGAUUUCGUUAGUGAUAUUACCGAAGGAUUCUGGGAAUCCGCUCAUUAGACGCUAUAGGUUUGUCGUUGUUGAGAAUUGUUACACAAAUACUAAUUACUAGAAGAAAAAACGGGGUUAUUUAGUGGUAGUAGUUUAAAUUAGGUUUGUAAAUAUUUAGUUUUAAGAUGAGCGAGCUUUUGCAAAACAAACAUUUGCUGUUGGAGUGCUUGAAUUCGGUUUGCGAAUUGUAUUUACAUUGUUCAGUUUGGGUUCAGGUAAUUGAAAACGUACCAUGCCAGACGCCUCGGAACAGAGUACUUAAACGCUCGAGUUUUUUUGUACAUCCUACUAUGAACCGGUAAUCUUUCCGGAAUGUAGUUUGGCAGUGUAACUAAUGUACUAUACCUUCAGAUGAAAUAAGAUCGAAUGUAGAUAUCGAGUAGCGAUAUAAAUCGAAUGAAUUCAGAGAUUUUAGUUAUCCAUACCAAAAAAGUUUAUUUCUUUGUUAUGAUUUGACGAUUAUUGUUGUUUGUAAGUAAGAAGCGAUAGACUAGAAAAUGAUUGACCCACAACCUUCUCCAAUAUGAUCAUAUGCAAUAACAAAUAUCUCGAAAAUCUCGAAGGUUCUAGAACAAGUAUUACGAGGGUCAGCAUUCUAUCUUCCGACUUUCGUGCCACAUGUUCAGCUCACUGCAGUUUACCUUUCAUAUCGUAUAUGGGUAUAUUUUUUCAAUAGGGCCAAAUCUCAAUGUUAAUUGCAAGUAAAUAUUGGUGACUAUUAACUGGAUCCAAAGACAUCAUAUUAACAAGAUAUCCAGCUCUCACAUUUCCCGAACAAAUCUUUGGCAACAUCUUUUUUUGCGACCAUGGCGCCCUCAGGCGAGUCCGCAUCGAAUCACGUACAUAGAAGUAGGAGAGAGAAAUGUCAAAUUCGUACGCGCCAAAAUAGCAGCACUGCGCACCCAUACAAUUGACAUGACAUGUUGAAUGAGACGCCGUGCGAUGGCGUUGCUGGACUGAAAAUUGAGAUCACUCCAAGCUGACAGGGUCUGCUGGAUCUCACAAUGAAAUGCGCACUAGUACCCACCUUUCCCCUACAAUAAAUCUAUUUGUUCAUGGAAUGAUAAUGUGUUCGAAUCCAUAUUCAGUUUUUUGUCAAUCUCCGUCGAAACGCAAUGGUAUUUAUCUAAAUCGUCGGAGAUUUGAGACGAAAUUCAUAUUAUGAUUAGAGAUGGACAAUUCGCUCCAGACAUGUUUCAGUGAAACUAACAGUUAAUUUUAAAAGUACAGCAGCUCACCAGCUCGCUCAUUUGCUACUCAUAUUACGCAUUAAGUAGGGUAACAGUGGUAUUUUGGCCCACUUUAAUGCCGUUUUUCAUUGAAAAACACUGGUGGCGUGAAUUGCUCUGGUUUUCCACUUUCGAGCAGAAAUCGCAAUGAAACACCGUCAAAAUGUUGCAUUUCUGCUCGAAAGUGCAAAAUCAGAGCAAUCCACGCCACCAGUGUUUUUCAAUGAAAAACGGCAUAAGAUUGAUUUUAUUUUGGCCCACUUUGUAAAAAUAUCCCUCAAAUGUUAUAAUAUCUUUGAAAACCCCUUCCGCAAUAGGUAAUUUAAUGUGAUUAGCUUCAAAUUGAUGCAACAUGGGUUACUUAACAUCGAUAAAAUCCGAUGAAAUUGAUAAAGUUUGUUAGGUGGGCCAAAAUAUAUGAAGUGGCCAAAAUACCUCUGUUACCCUAAGACUCAGACGGUUCGUCACCGGAACGCCAGUCUCCAUCAAAAUUAGUUUAAUAUUGUAAUUUUCACUGAAGGUUAACAAAGAUUGCGAUGCGACGAAAUAGCGACAAAAUGCCGCAAAGAUAGCGAAACUGUCAUUCGCAUCGAUUCAACCUCUUCUAAACCACAAACCAGUAAAAUAUAUUUUCAAAUUGACCAUUAAAUGACAAUGUUUCAUAACAAGAAUUAUUAUACAAUGAUACUUUGUAUUAAUUGACGUCUUUGUCGUACUCCAUACGAAACAUUUUCAAUGACCUAUGAAUAUAAACUGCAAUAAAAAAUUAAAUCGUCUACUCCAAAAAUUCAGUCGUCUUCGACAGAUACAUACUUGUUGAUGCUUGUAGUGAACAAACAAAUAAUUCUUGUUGUUAGAUAAUAUUACCUUUCAAAUCUGUAAUUGCCUUUAAUACACCAGACGAUUUAUUUAUCUAUUCGCUCUGAUGCUUGAUAUACAAAUGCUGUAAACUUCAGUACAAUAGAUAGCGAAGGGGUUAAAACAACUCUCGGUUGAUUUUUCAGAAGGCCGUAAGAGCAAGUGACAGUUUCUCUUUGAUCACUCUCUUUUUCGAUUAUUGCGAUGUGAUUUAAAAAGAUUUUCUUGGAUUUCACAGUUCUGUUUGAAAGUCAAACGUUUCGAGCAUCAUUCUAUGCAAAGAGUUAAGUGAUAAACGUGUAAACCGCUUGGUAAUUAAUAGAAGAGAAAAUAAACAAAGAGAAACUGUCACUUGCUCUUACGGCCUUCUGGAAAAUCAACCGAGAACUGUCCAACUCCUGGCAGAGACGCCAGGUAAAAUUUUCAAGUUUGCAUACUAGAAAUCCUCCAAUUCUAUGUUAAAUUUUAUGACGAGAAAAAAACAAACAAGAAGCCCUACGCAAUUUUAAAAGUCUGUACAUUUUACGAUUGUAUAUGAAAGUUUCAAAAAUCUUCAAAAAAUCUGCAAAAUUGCAGAGCCUGCUUACAAAAGAAAUCGGGAAACGGGGGACGGGUAUAGCGUGAUGGGUUAGUCGAUGCCUUUCACGCAGCCCACCUGGGUUCGAUCCCCAACCCCCGCACAUAGGGUCAGAAAGCUUUUCUGGCUGGAAGAGGCGAAUGACCUUAAGGUUAAAACCUCUAUAAUUGGAAUAAAAAUAAAAAAAAUCGGGAAUUCUGACGCUCAUUAUUUCGCUAUUCGGCGACGAUUCCGUCGCAUUUUUUGCCCCGCUGAAAACCACAAUACUUUCUUGGCCGGAACGUUUACACGCUCCGUCCGUCAAGACGUUCCGUGAUGGUGACGUUACAUGUAAAUGUCUCCAUAAGAAUGUAUUCAACUAAUUUCGACGCUGAUAGUGACGGAGGUUGACGGUGACGGGACCGUCUGAAUCGUACUUAAAGUAUGAAGGGAUAUUGCGACGAGCGGAACGGAUCUUCGGUUCUUGAAGAGGGAGUUCCAAACGAAAAGAAAUGUGUGCACGAACCAGAGAUGCCAGGUAAAAAUUUCAAAUAUCUGCAGACAGGGUCUGUAAAUCUGAAAAAAAAAUCUGCAGUCAGCAAGUUUGUCUUGCUGGCAGCAAUUUCUCUAUAAAGUAUGUAUGACACGCAAAACUGACUUGGCGACAGAGAUGCCACGUAAAAAUUUCAAAUAUCUGCAGACAGGGUCUGUAAAUCUGAAAAAAAAAUCUGCAGUCAGCAAGUUUGUCUUGCUGGCAGCAAUUUCUCUAUAAAGUAUGUAUGACACGCAAAACUGACUUGGCGAGCAAAAAAAAAACAAGGUCGCGGAAAUUUCAAAAGUCUGUAAAAAUAGACGAAAGUCUGCGAGAACUUCAAAAGUCUGUAAAAGUCUGCGAGAAUUUCAAAAGUCUGCAAAAGUCUGCACAACACAAAAUGUCUGCAGCACUAUACCACAAAUCUGCAGACCUGGCAUCACUGGCACGAACGUGCAUCUACCCUUUUUUAACGGAAUGAAUGAGACAUUGUAAGCAACGUUGCCAGGGAGCAAAUGGUGAAAUGUUUCGGCUCUGGUUUCAAAUCCUAUUUAGAAAUUAUCAUAUAUUCUCAGAUCAUUUUUUGAUUAGUCGAUAAAUUGUUAGAAAUUAUCAUAUAUUCUCGGAUCAAUUUUUGAUUAGUCGAUAAAUUGUUGGUUUAUCUUUUAAAGGCAUGCAAAUUUUACCACUUUUCUUUUAUAUCCACAGAAAAAAAUCAACAUAAAAAAGUUUGGCCCUUUUUCGAUUUGUUUACUUUUAUGCUUCCUGUGUGAAUUAUGAAGUUACGCCCUUGCGCAUUUUUCGUGAAAUUGGCUGGUUUCCGCGAGUAAGACCAAUCUGCGGGUAAUUUUAUAGUCUCAUUUACUAUUUCCAGUAAUAAAAGGUUCGAAAACCAUCUAAAACAACGAAAAUAAAUACUUUUGCCCUUCCUUACAAACAAUUCAAGUAUCGCUCUGUUUGUUGACAUUGAACACGGAGGGCAAAACUUACGUUAAUAAAUGGAAUGACAGUUUCUUUGCAAUACUAAGAUUCGUUUACUUUUGUAAGAUUCGCCCUUCUGAUAUGUUCCCCUAAAAUACCGAUAGUUUACCGAUCAUUCAGAUAAAUACCGAUAUUGGUUUUUAGGUUAAUGUGGGUAUGAGCUGUUUCGCACACCUCUAAUUAUUGCACAGUUCACACCAAAUCGAACUGCGUAGCAUGUAAGUGUGUUGAACCACAAGUGUGAUCAUAACUGCAACUGUACUGACAGAACUCUGACGUUUAUGAACGACAACACAAUCAUAUGAUCUUUGCUUCUUUUCUGCUUGUUGUCAAGUUUGUAAGCAAGAUUACCAGUUCUGCAGAUAUUCAAGAAAGCUUCAGAGAAAAACUAUUUUUUUCCUUUGAUUUUCUCAUCUAUUUGUAGGCAACCAUGUUUGCGCAAAUAUGAGUGUGUUUAAGAAACUGUGUAAAAAGUUCAGCUUUAGAAGCAAUCUGCAAUAUAACUAGAAAUCAAUUGUUGCACUUGAAUCGGAAUCCAGUUCUAAAUCGCAACGAAUUUUCUUGUCAAAAUUCGGACGAUUUAAAUGGGCAUAAUUUUCAGAUUGAGAGAAACUGUGAAUGUGACACUUACAUAAAGGUAACAAUGCAACAACCGAUUCAAACAGAAAACAUCACCUAGCAGUUAUUGAGGUGUCGACAUGUUCGGUGUUUUUGUUUUUUUUUCUUAUAUUUUGUUAAUACACAGUGAAAUUCGUUCCCACAUUGUCUCCCAGAUGUACUGAGUUUUUCGGUUCUGUCCGGUUGUAAGAAAUUUUGACAGUCGGUAGAAGCCUGGCAAAAUUCCGGCAGCUGUCAAAAUUUUGUAGGCGAAAUUGCGUCAUUCUCUCGCCACGUGACGUCUUGAUAGAUCGCUUUUCCUUCUUUUUUUUCUGCUCGACCUUAUUUGAUAUUCGUCAAUCGUGCAUGUAAAUCUAGAAAUGAAAACGAGUCCUUCCCGCAUACGCAUGGCUGACAGAUGGCUGACUAAACGCUGCCAGCUGGAAAAAUAUGGCUGGCAGACAUUCUGGUGACCGGCUGCCUCACCGCUGCCAGGAAUACAACUCAAACGAUACAACCGUAUCCACCAGGAUUUUUCCACAUUGAAAUCUUUGACAUUUUCAGCGAAGGUGAGAAGAUGAAAACGCUCGGCUAACUUGGAUACAGGCGACUUUGUUUUGUCAAAUUGGAUUUGACAACCGUAACUGAAUCAAUUUUGGUAGCCUUCUGGUGGCCAUGGCUGCCCAGGUAGCCAAAACGCUAUGCGGGUUAGACCAAGUAAAUGAAGUGAAAAUACUGGUAUAUUGAGAGAUGAAGGUUUGCAUAUCAUGUUUGGUAGUGCAAAAGCCAUGUUAUUGCCCUUCAUUUAAACUUCUAAUGAAAAAAAAAAUAAAACCAAAGCCAGUGUCCUUCCAGUCUUGUAAUAUGAAAAUCCUACAGAAAAAGAAUAGUUAAUAACAAUUAGGCGAAAUUCUCUGCCGAAACGGUUGUUGCAUUGUUGGCCGACUCUUGACGGAAUUCUGCCAGCAUUCCGGCAAAAACCUUCUGGCAGUCGCUGUGAGUGCUCGAUUAACCCCAUUGACAACAACAUUACAAAUCGCAUUAAAAUUUUCGCUCAAUGUGUUAGUGUAAAAGUCAGGCAACCUACGCCAUUUACUUACUUUUUUACACUUCCGAUAGAAGAGUUAACGAUGCUGACUAAGGUAGGCCUUUUGGUUGGUUUUCAGCAAACAGUUUAUUUUGGAAGAAUAUAUACAAAAAAAAACUUGAAGGUUCAAAUUUAUAUAUUUCACUAACUUUAACUAAAAGUCAGCACGAAUACGUGCUUAAUCGAAUCCAGCAAUGAAUUCUUACUCGACUGUUCGUUUCUGAGUGCUCAAUCAACUCAAUUGACCGUGACAUUAUAAAUGUCAUUGAAGUUUCGUUUAAUUUAUGAAGUGUUAGUGUAAAAGUUAGGCAGCUUACGCCAUUUUAUUACACUUCAGUUCAUUCUAUAAAUUCAGUUAUAUAAAAUUUUUAUUUCAAAUUCAACUCAAAAUCAGCACGAAAACGCGUAAAAUUGAAGAGUAAGAAGAGGGCAACGAUUUGACAGCUCAGUUCACGCGUUCUUACGCCAGAUUUUCGAUCGGUUCGUGGCGAAUUCCGAUCGGCUGGCGGCGAAAUUCAUUCAGAAUCGGUUGUUGCACUUAUUGCACGCAUUGAUUCGGAUUUCAAACUGAACUGCACAUGGAAUUCCGAAUAACCGAGCUGAUAAUGUGAGCAGAAACGAGCCAUAGAAUAACAAUUCAUUACUCAGUUCGUCUUUGAGACAAUUAUAUUCAACACUUCUGUGAAAUUCGUUUUCACGCAAUUAUUGUUCUUUCUUUGUCUUACAAAACAAUGCUUCUGUUCCAGCAAAGCGUAUGUCAAAACGUGAGCAUUCACAAUGACAUUGCAUUGGCGACUAGUAAACUAUGGCUAGAUUUUUACCUUACGAUGUACCGCAAAACAACCUAAUAUAAAGUACAUUCCACCCAAAUUGGGGGUUCCGUUCAAUAACCUAAGUGGCUCUAGGUAGUUUCCGUAAGGCACGUGCAAAAAAUACUCAAAGAUAAAUUAUAUAUACUCUACAGUUCAGUCGUAUUGACUCAAUUUCAAGUUGAUACGGUUUACUUAUUGAGCGAAACUCUCGCUAUUGGGUGGUUUUGCUCUUCAUAUUUUGACAGUAAUGGAAGGAGCGAAUGAAAUAAAAGAUUCAAAAGAACUCAAAAUUAUGUAAAAAGAAGUCAAAUAACAAUUAGUUUUUAUUUUCCGUGUAUCCAUUUCUCGAUUGUUUUUUUUUUUGUUCUUAUGUUACAAUUACCUACACGAAUUCAUACAACUGAACAUUGUAAUAACAAAACGACAUCGAUGGGUGAAUUCAAUACGACAAUGCAUAGUCUCCCACCUAUUUCCGCUUUUCCAAAAUUUAGUAUAUAACAAUUACUAUCUGUCAGUUCAAUGGUAUACUAGUCGACUAUGGUGAAGAAUGAUUUUGUUUUAGAUUCACUAAUGAACAUCCAAACCGAUUCACAAGUGUUCGAGUCAAUUAAAAACUAUUCUAAUCAUUUGAAAUCGCAUGAUCACGUUAUGAAUAGGAGCCUUUCUUGGCAUACGGAGGAUGGUGCUAGGUGUGUUAUUGUGAGAAGCCUAUUUCAUUAAGUUUAACUGUGACAAUAUAAUGUUUGGAAUGCGAAAAAAAACGAUUACCUGUUUAUGUAUUAGUACGAGUUUGAUAUAGUUACAUUAUUUGGUCGGGACGCGAAGGGAACUAGUACCAAGUUGGUCAGAAUGUUGUUACCAGCCAGUAUUAGACGGUCUAACUGAGAAUUAGAUGAUUAAAACAACGGAACUGAAAUCUGUAAUAAUGAAAUAAACUCGUCCUUAGAACUUAAAGUUGCAAAUUUAGCCAAUAAAAAAAUCUGUUUAAACUUUAAAAACAACAACUCGCUGGACAAUGUGAUUGAUUCAAAACUAGUCUGCUGUUCCGUAUGAUGGUUUAUAGAAACAUGGAAUUGGCUAGAGAAUAAGUAGUAAUCGUGGUAGCCAGUAGUAGGAGUAGCAGUAGAAUAUUACACAAAGUAUUUUGAAAAAGUGUCCCUUAAAUAAACGAUGGUAGGAAUUUGACCGAUGUGUAAGACCAUAAACGAGAACCAAUUAGCGAUAUAAAAGUCCGAAAAAUUAAGGAAUUCGAGUAUUUGUUAACAGUCCGUAGAUGAUGAAUGGUGGUAGCAAGGAAAUACAAUUUAGAUGAGAACUGUCAUUUACUACAGAACAGUUUACCCCGAGAUUUAGUGAGAAUAGACUAUAAGAUCCGUUAGGGUAUACAUUUGUUAGUGUUGGGUAAAGUUGGGACGAUUUAAAAACAAAAAAUCUUAUCAAUAAUUUGAGGAGACACAGAAACUAAGGAAGGAAAAUUCGUUUGCAUAAAAUCAAAUGUAGUGCCAAAUAUUUGGAGGCAAUUGUGUAACGCAGUGACGGUUAGCAACUGAGCUGUUAGUUGGAAUUGAGAAUGUGUGACAAAAUCAACAGUAGAAAAACAUUGACACCGAGCGUGCUGGUAGUUAGAAUUUCCCACUACGUGAACUUCGAACUCUAGUGAUUGUGGUGUCGAACGAGAGCAAUAAAUUCAUGGAACGUGACUGAAA